AAGGAGGGAAUCCAGUCUACAAUCCUCACACCAGCUACUUGCAAGGGAGAAGGAAAAGGCCAGCGAGGCCUGGGCCAGGAGAGGCCCGACAGGAGUGUCAGGUUUCAAUCUCAGCUCCAGCCACUCAGAGCAGAGCACGAUGUUGGGGGCCCGCCUCAGGCUCUGGGUCUGUGCCUUGUGCAGCGUCUGCUGCAUGAGCGUCCUCAGAGCCUAUCCCAACGCCUCCCCACUGCUCGCCUCCAGCUGGGGUGGUCUGAUCCACCUGUACACAGCCACAGCCAGGAACAGCUACCACCUGCAGAUCCACAAGAAUGGCCAUGUGGAUGGCGCACCCCAUCAGACCAUCUACAGUGCCCUGACGAUCAGAUCAGAGGAUGCUGGCUUUGUGGUGAUUAUAGGUGUGAUGAGCAGAAGAUACCUCUGCAUGGAUUUCAGAGGCAACAUUUUUGGAUCACACUAUUUCGACCCGGAGAGCUGCAGGUUCCGACCCCAGAGGCUGGAGAACGGCUACGACGUCUACCUGUCUCCCCAGCAUCACUUCCUGGUCAGUCUGGGCCGGGCGAAGAGGGCCUUCCUGCCAGGCAUGAACCCACCCCCGUACUCCCAGUUCCUGUCCCGCAGGAACGAGAUCCCCCUCAUUCACUUCAACACCCCCAAACCGCGGCGGCACACCCGGAGCGCCGAGGACAAGGCAGAGCUGGACCCCCUGAACGUGCUGAAGCCCCGGGUCCGGAUGACCCCGGCCCCAGCCUCCUGCUCGCAGGAGCUCCUGAGCGCCGAGGACAACAGCCCAGUGGGCAGCGACCCGUUAGGGAUGGUCCGGGGCGGUCGGGUGAACAACCACGCUGAGGGAACAGGCCCAGAAGGCUGCAGUCCCUUCCCCAAGUUCAUCUAGGGCCGCUGGAAGGGCACCCUCUUUAACCCAUCCUUCAGCAAACGCAGCUCUUCCCAAGGACCAGUUCCCUUGACGUUUCGAGGCUGGGAAAGAUGACGGGGGCAAUGUAUGGAAUUCGCUGCUUCUGUGGGGUCCCUUCCCCAGGAGGUCUUAAGAGAAUCGAUCGACCUUUGAGGCUCAAGUCAUGGGGUUUCACCGCCUUCCUCACUCCACGUAGAGCACCUUUCUGAAUAGGAAACCCCAACAGGUAAAUUAGAAAUUUCCCCUUCCUAAAGGUAGAGAGAAAGGGUCUCUCCCCAACAUAUUUCUUUUCCUUGGGCCUCUCUUCUUUAACCACCUUUAAGCAUUAAAAAAAAGAAAAAAGAAAAAAAGCAGUGGGUUACUGAGCUCACAACUUUGAAGGUGUAGGGAAGAGGCGAUCCAGAGAUCCCAGAGUCAUCCCCACUGCCCUGUGUGUUUUUUAUGUUAUGUGCCCCGAUCCCGCUGGCAUUUGAGUGUGCAGACCUUGAUAUUCACAGCUGAAUGGGGCGAGUUGAUGAAAACACUACUUCCAAGCCUUCAUUCCUCCUUGAACGUCUCUGGAGAAGAGCUGUCAAAACCCCAGUGGUAGGCUGGUGAAAACUUGACAACUAGACUUGAUGGUUGCUGAACUGAGGCAGGAAUCAUAAUGGAAAACUCAGCCUCCCUGCAGGCUGGGCACCCUGUGUCUCACU